UAUGAUGAAUAAAAGAGCUUAUACUAUUAAAUCUAAUUGUAUUUUGUUGCAUGAGAGUACACGUGUAUGUGAUGUACAUUACCUUUAUAUCCCCUUGAACGCUUCAAUAUUGCGCAUAUAUACUAUAUUUUGUACAGCUUCUAUAAAAUUUUGUAUGUUUGUUUUGGCUGUUAAUCUAGAGGCUGGAGUACAAAGAAGUGGCACAAUGAUGUGGGCUGAUGACAUUUAUAAUUAUCAAGGAAUCACCCCUACAUUCGCUCAGAAUUUUAAUGAAACUGUCCCUUGGGAAGGAAGAACUGAUACCUUGAUAUCACGGUUUGUACAUCCUAUAUAUACAACAAAUUUUAGAACAUUAUAUAACGAAGAACCAGAUCAUCGUGGCCAUGUGAUGUGAAUAAAAGGACUUGAAUUUGAUGAUAUUUUUAUAAUGUUAGAUAACAUAACUAAGUAUCUUCACAGUAAGAUAGGAUGACAUGGUUUACAUGAUCUUAAUGUUGUUCACUUGAGUGAUGAUAUUAUAAGGAAAAGUGUAAUAUCACAGGUAGGAUGAUUCAUAAUUUAGAACUACUAACUCAUGUAUGUAUUAAAAAUUAAAGAAAUAUAUUAAAUUU